UACGUAAGUAAUUAAAAAAGGUUCACCUCUCGCGCUAUUUUACCGCAGCGUAGUGUCGGAUUUCAACAGUAGAGAAGAAGGGGUGAGGUAGGGACGUUGGGCUCUGUGUGAGAGAUGGGGGACGAUCGACCUUUUGUGUGCACCGCCCCAGGCUGUGGCCAGAGAUUUACCAAUGAAGAUCAUCUAUCAGUCCAUAAACACAAGCAUGAGAUGACCCUGAAAUUUGGUCCUGCCAGAACUGACUCGGUCAUCAUUGCAGACCAGACCCCCACACCCACCCGCUUCCUGAAGAACUGUGAGGAAGUUGGUCUGUUCAACGAGCUUGCCAGCUCCUUUGAGCAGGAGUUUCGAAAGGCCCAUGAGGAUGAUCAGAGGAACAAAAAUCCAGUGAGGCCCCCGGCCCCUCAGCUCCCGGCCCCUCCCCUACAGACCCCCUCCAGUGUGAAGGAGGAAGAGGAAGGGCCUCUGGAGGUCGACUCCUCCCCACCUGGCAGUCCUGACUCCACCUCAAGCAUGUCGGACAGUAGCAAAGAGCCAAUGGAGACUCCUCCGCCUCCCCGGCCCGUUUUAAGCUCCGCACCCACGCCAACCAUUGUACGACCAGGGUCCCUCCCUCUUCAUCUUGGUUACGACCCCCUGCACCCGACUCUGCCCUCGCCAACCUCUGUAAUCACACAAGCUCCACCCUCCAACCGACAACUUGGCUCUCCAACAGGCUCUUUCCCACUGGUGAUGCACCUACCGAAUGGACAGACCGUUCCUCUCCUCCCCAGUCCAAAUAUGACCUCCGUCAUAUCUCUGGCAAGGCCAUUUAAUAUGGUGCCCAACAUCCCUGGGAUCCCUGGUCCUCCCAUUGGAGGGACAAGCAGUGGCUCCUCCUCCCCAUCUGGGUAUAGUCUUCACUCAGAGGCCAAGAUGAGGCUGAAGGCAGCACUGACCCAGCAGCAGCAUGGCUCUGGGGCACAGAACGGGGCUGGUGGGGGCCCAGGGGGAGCUGGAGGCGGGGCAGGGUCCAGCCCCACUGUCCCCCAGAGGCACGAACAGAGCCAUCAACCCUCGCAACAUUCAGACACCCCUUCACCUGCACAGCCUCAGCAAACCAGCAGUGGCUCAUCUUCUCCAUUUGGGUAUAGUCUACAUUCAGAGGACAUGAUGGUGUCCCCGGCCCAGCCCACGGGGGGGAGGAGGCGGAGGGGGGCGGAUGUCGACCCCGACGAGAGGAGGCAGCGCUUCCUGGAGAGGAACCGGGCGGCGGCGUCGCGCUGCCGGCAGAAGCGUAAGGUUUGGGUGGGCUCUCUGGAGAAGAAGGCCGAGGACCUGGCUACCAUGAAUGUGUCUUUGACCAAUGAAGUGGGCCUGCUAAGAAAUGAGGUGACCCAACUGAAACAGCUGCUACUGGCCCACAAAGACUGCCCUGUCACUGCCAUGCAGAAGAAGGCUGCCUACUUAGCUGCAGGAGGAGAGGAGUGCUCCAGGGACCCCGCCUCUGAGCCUACGGGCUCCCCAGCCCCGGUUAUCCAGCACGGGACUUCGCCCCCCGCCCCUGCCCCCAGCCCUGGGGCCACCGCCGUCAACGGGCUGAGUGUGUGCGCGGCUGAGGCAGUGGCCAUGUCGGUCCUGGCCGGGAUGGGGGCAGCCCAGCAGGGAGGGGUCCUCAUGGCCACACAGCCCCAGCCUGCCCCCAGAUGAUGUGCAGGGAGCCAAUAAGAACUCUACAUUUGGGCUGUAGGAAGCUGGACUGGUACAAUGGUGUGUGAGAGAUGGCAAGAAAGAAAGGGAUCUGUUUUAAAAUCGGAAAUCUCACCGAUUGUUGAUAGUACUCAACCCUUUUUCCCCCUGUCGGUCUCCAUCCUACGCUCACUCCCACCCUCACAGCCAAUGAUCAUCACUGAACAGACUGCCUAGUCUCAACCCUUGACCCCUGCUUGGAAGCACUGUCACUGUGUAUACAAGUGUAUGUAUAUACCUACACACUCGAUCACAGAAUGUAGUGUGUUCCUGUUUUAGUAUUCCUUUUGGUUUAUUUGCAAAUACUCUCCUGUCUACAUUGUAAAUCUCCUUACAUAUUUCCCACCUUUAUGCAGCUGUUAAUUCAUGGGACUUGUUCAUCUUUAGGACUGAAUGAGCGUGAAAUAUCGUGCACAUAUUAUUUUACCUGUGUCAUGGAGUGUGCCAAACUAAGAAUACACUCAGUGUCUGGACUUUGUUUUGAAUGUGCAUUCUAAUAAUGUGUAUGAAACCCUUAUUGACUGCAUGGAAAUUAGAGGACACUGAUGAAGACCACUGUCUGUGUCAGUGUCUGCUCAUAAUAUCGCUGGUUUUUAUCAUUUUGCUUUUCUCUCCCUUUUUAAGGUGAUAUCUUAUGACUGAUGCAAACAAUGAUAAUGUCCUAAUGUAACACUUGAAAUGGUUAGGUUUAAGAUGCAUUGUAGUAAUCAGCAAACUUCAUUAGAUUUGUAUCAUUUAUCCAGGCUAAAGUAAGUUGAAAAAGUAGUGCAAUAUAUUUUUAUAUUCAUUAUUAAUAUUAAUGUUCCUGGAUUUAGCUGUAGUGAUGUCAGUGGUAGAACGGUUUGUUCUAAUUCAAUAAAAACUAUUGAAAUUCUAGAUCACAGGAAAUGUACACCAACUUCAUAUUCUUAAAUGCGAAUCUUGAUAGGAAACAUCUAUAUGGGACUUAUAGAUAGUGUCCUAGUCUUGGGUGCUUUCUGCCAUUUGAAAAACUUACUGUCUUUUGGAGUAUAUUACUUUUGUAAGACUUCAUCUGCAUUUAUGUCCUGAAAUAUUAAGUGAUGUCUUUAUUUUAUUUUUUACCACCGUUUUGCUUUUUGAAAAGUACCAUUUUGUCUAUUUCCUCAUAAUUUUGUCCUUUUUUUUAACAUCAGUGUUUUGAACUGUUCUAUUCAAGUGGUUUUGUGGUUGUUUUGGAGGUUCCUGGAGUGCGGCAGGAACUGCAGGAUUUUGACCCCGCUAGGCCCAGCACCAGACCAAGUUAAUCCAUCAGUUCAUUGAUGGUGAAAUAAAAACAUGAAGUACCUGCAGCACUUCAGGAAGAAGGUUGCCUGCCCUGGUGUAGCUUUUCCAUCAUGUCAUGUACCCAUUCACCUUGUUUUCUGUAAAGAGGAUUGGGAAGUCUGUCUAGAACAGUGAACCCACAGUGUAACCUCGACAAUUACUGAAUUUGAUUGUCUCCAGGAAUGCAUCAAGAGUUGGAUUUUUCCAUCAAGAAUUCCACUUCGAGCCAGAGGAUGUAAACUUCUGUAUAGUCUCAACUAAUAAAAUGUCUCCGGCAAAAUAAAUAAGUUAAUGUCAA